UUUCGAGGAAGAGGGGUGCUUUGUUCGAUGCCCCUCUCAGCGAAAGUAUGGAAGCUCCUAUAAAAGUACCAUUCAUGGUUGGAGAUCGCACAGUCGGGCUUAAAAACGCCAAACAAACGGCAAUGAAGUUCCUGGGUUAUUCAGCGCUUUGCGCGCUCCUAGUCUUGGCAAGCGCUGAUAACAGCAAAGACACAGCCGACCAGCCUGAUAAGAAGCAAGAAAAACGCGGUUUGGAACUGGGGUAUGGUGGCGGUGGGGGCGGCGGCUUCGGGGGCGGCGAGCACGAACACCACCACCAUGUGAAGACGGUCACCGUGGUCAAGAACGUCCCAGAACCCUACCCCGUGGUUAAGGAAAUCCCAGUCCCGGUGGAGAAGAAGGUACCCUACCCCAUCACCGUCCACGUACCCCAACCCUACCCCGUGGAGAAGAAAAUCGCAGUACCGGUUAAAGUACCCGUCAAGGUACCAGUACCCAUCCAUAAACCGUACCCCGUCGAAAAACCGGUCCAUGUCCCGGUUAAAGUCCACGUGGAUAAGCCGUACCCUGUCAAGGUACUAGUACCCCAGCCGUACCCCGUCGAGAAAACCAUCCACGUGCCUUACCAUGUCCACGUACCCCAACCCUACCCCGUGGAGAAGAAAAUCCCAUACCCCGUUAAGAUCCCGGUACAUGUACCUAAGCCGUACCCCGUGGAGAAGAUAGUACCGUAUCCGGUUGAGGUCAAAGUCGAUCGCCCGUACCCCGUCCAUAUACCCCAACCCUACCCCGUCCACAUCGAGAAGAAGAUUCCCUACCCCGUGCACAAACCGGUACCAUACCCCGUUAAAGUACCAGUAGAGCGACAUAUUCCAUACCCGGUUGAAAAACCCGAACCUGUCCCGGUUAAGGUACCGUAUCCGGUACCAUACCCCGUUGAGAGAAAUGUACCAGUUCCGGUGGAAAAACCGGUACCUUAUCCAGUCAAGAUCCCAGUUUUCAACCCGGUACCGUUCGAAGUGCACAAGAAAGUACCAGUGGAAGUUGAGAAACCAGUGCCAGUACCAAUCAAAGUACCAGUUCCGGUGCCAGUCCAUGAGGAACACCAUGAGACUGGGGGAGGGGGUCAGGAGUUUGGACAAGGGUUCGAGGGCCAUCAUGGGUACUAGUGGUACCACUUAGACGUUUCUUUUGUACUUUUGUAUCAGUAUUACUGUUUUGCUUUGUGAUGUUUGUUAUUAAAACGACUUUUCUAUUA